AUGGCAUCAUCUAAUGUCGUGACUGUUUGGGUAGAUUUAUGUUUCGGGGGAUCAUGGGAAAAUGUAAAUGGUUGUUUAGAGUAUUUACCAUCACCUAUGAAUUUUUCACUAAAACUCUCAUUUAAAAGGUUAACUUAUAAAGGGUUAGUGUUACGUGUUGCAAAAAAGUUGAAUAUAGAGCCUGAAACUGGGUUUAAACUAUCUUAUUCGAAAGAGGGAAAAGUUUAUUUGUUAAAUGACAAUGAAGAUGUUGAUCGAUUCAUGGCUUAUAUUAGUGUUUCAACAGAUAACGUUGCAUUGUAUGUUGUUCAACCUAAUCAAUUAAAUGUUUUUAGUGAUCACAAUGAAGAUUUAAAGAUAGCUUUGUAUACGAAGUGUGUGGAAGACGGCUAUCAGCUAAUUGUUGAUAGAUCAACCAAAGAUCGUUUUGAAACAAAGUGUAGACAGGAUAAGAAUUGUACAUGGCGCAUGAUUGCGAAGAGGGUAACAGGUUGUGAAAUGUUCCAAGUAAGGACUUUCAAUGAUCGUCAUACUUGUUCAAGAACCCAACUUUACCCUCACCAUAGACAGGCAAACAAAAAGGUGUUGGGUGGAUUUUUGUCUGAGUUGAUGUUUGUGAAAGGAAGGGUAUACAGGGGUCAUGAGAUUAUGACCGACAUGAAUGCCCGGUUCAAGAUUAAUAUCUCAUAUUCUCAAGCUUUGGAGAGCCAAGUGUUACGCUUUGGAAUUGUUAAGGGGGUCACCAGAAGAUUCGUUUGCCCAACUGCCAGCAUAUUGUCACAAUUUAAAGCUGAAAAACCCCGGAUACGUUUAUUUGUUUCUUUCUUGCGGCCAGUUAUUAUUGUUGAUGGGGCACAUCUAAAAGGUCGAUAUCUUGGAACAAACUUAUUAGCAGUAGGCAUGGAUGCUAAUAAUGGGAUACUACCAAUAGCUUACGGGGUUGGAAAAUCCGAAACCUCUGAAUCGUGGACAUGGUUUAUGGGGCAUCUUAGGGAUUGCAUUGGUAAUGUUAGCAAUUUGACAAUUAUUUCUGAUAGGGCAAACCCAAUUGAUAUGGCUAUUAGAAGGUGUUUUCCGGAUGCUUUUCACGGGCUUUGUGCUGUUCAUUUGCUUAGAAAUCUAAAAUCAAGGUCUGCCAAUAUAAAACAUCACUCGUGGACAUACUGGAAAGCGGUGAAAGCUUAUCGAGAAGUGGACUUUAAUAGGCAUAUAAAUCGUUUAAGAAAUGUUGUGCCUGAGUGUGCUCAAACACUACAAGAGGUUGGAUUUGAAAGAUGGUCAAGAGUACAUGCACUUGGAGCAAGGUAUGGUUUCAUGACAUCUAAUAGUGUAGAAUCAAUCAACUCUCUAAGUCGUCAUUCAAGAAAAUUACCCAUUACCAUGUUAAUGGAGUUUUUUCGUGCAUCUCUUCAUGAGUGGUAUUAUAGGAAAAGAAACGUUGCAGAAACAUUUGAACAUCGUGUUACACCAUGGACUGAAAAAAAGAUUGCAAAACGUGUUGUGAAGUCAACAUCAUGGAGAGUUGAACCAUGUUCUAAUACAUUGUUUGAAGUUAUAGAUCAUAAGUUGAAUGGGCUUGUCGAUCUUGAUGCAAAGACUUGUACUUGUGGGAAAUGGAAAAUUUCUGGUUUUCCAUGUGGCCAUGUUAUAAAAGUUGCUCUUCAUUUAAAUCAAGAUGAUUCAACUGUAUACGCUAUGGACUGCUACACUUCAGAAGUAUAUCGACAGACUUAUGCCGAGAUUGUCUAUCCGAUACCACAUCCUUCUGAAUGGGAGAUACCAGAUGACUUACAAACAGUUCUACCACCAGUCAUGGAUAAAAGACUACCUGGCCGACCCAAAAACCGUGAUCGUAUACCGUCUAGGGGUGAAAAGAGGAAGACAACAACAUGCAGUCGUUGUAAGGAACGUGGUCAUACAAGGUUGACUUGUGGUGCACCCAUGCCAUCAUAA